AUGUCAAGGGGAAUUGAAGAUAUGGUUGAUAAUAUAGCACUGACUGAAAAAGAAAUUCGCUUUAAAAUUAAUCUAGGAAACAACAUACGUUUGUUUUAUGAUAAAUUUAAUAAGGAAUAUGCUAAAGAAGGAAACUUCGUAGUGUUUGUAGAUUAUAUGUUUUUUUUUAAGAAACGGCAUGAGCUUAUAAAGUUAAUUAUUUUUUUAAUAGUUACAAAGAAGCUAGCUAAAAUUUCUGGAGGUAACAGUAACACAAACAAUAUUAAUCAAAAUAAUGAAGAGAGAAAGGUUUCAAAAAUAAUAUGGUCUGAUGAUAAAGAAAAGAAAGAAAAAAAAAAAAAAAAUUGUGAUGAUAAUAAUAAAAAAGAAAAUGUAAAAGAGGUGAAGGAUUAUAAUUAUUAUAAUGAGCUUUUAAAAAAAGAAGAACAUAUAAUUAAAAAAUUAAAAUUUAUUAAACAUACUUUUGAAAUAGAACAAAUUAUAUUAUUAUCCAUAAUAUCAAAUUUUGAAGAUGAUAAUACAGAAAAUAAAAGUGAAAAAUGUAAAGAUUUAAUAAAUAACUUAGAACAAUUAAAAUUAGGUUCUAAGGAUAUAAUAAUAGCAAUAGCUGAUAAGUAUAUAUUAAAUAAUAUAUGUUAUAUGUGUCAAAAUAAAUAUAAAGCUGCCUGCCUUUAUAUAAUACCAAGUUCCAUAAGGUCCUCUAUGGAAUUAUUUUAUUGGAGCAGCCAGACACUAGACAUCCUAAGUUUUCAGUGCAUGGUUAGAUGUUUAAACACUCACGUAAUUAUUUGUAUCAUUAAAAGCAUGUUUGUAAUUUUAAACGACGAUGAAUAUAAAUAUGCCUUGUCAGAAAUUCUUAGUUCAGCACUUAUUAAUGAUAAAUGUAUGUAUAUGAGAAUAAAAAAAUAUGACAUGGAUUAUUUUAAAAAAAACAUUAUAUUUUUUAUGAAAAAAUAUAUAAUUAAUAAAAAAUUUUUAAUAGCAGAAGAUCAUUAUAACAUUGUCAACAAAAAUAAAAGUGGAAAUAAUAAAAAUAGUUUUGUUCAUAAUAAUAUUUAUAGGGUAUACCAUAUUCAUAAAAUAAAUGAAUUUUAUAAUUUCUAUUAUAUAAGUAUUUUAUAUUUAUCAGAAUAUUUUGAAAAUAAUGACAUAUGUCUUAAAGAUAUGACUUAUAAUAAUGAUAUGUGUAAUUAUUACAGUCUUUUAAAUAAUCAUAUAUCUCAAGAUACAAAUAAAAAGGACGAUGCAAAUUAUGAGAAAGGUGUUCAUAAAAAUAUAAAUUAUAAAUAUUAUUAUAAUAAUAAAAAUAAUAGUAAUGAUAACAAUCAUCAAUCGAAUAGAGAGCCACAAAUUAAUAAUAAGGAACAGAAUAAACAAAAUAAUAUACUACAAAAUGAGAAGAAAAAAGAAAAGAUAGCAAUACAAGGAAUAUAUACAAGGGUAAAUACAGUAAAUAUAGGUUAUAAUAUAAAAAAUGCUAUAUCACAAAUAUUUAAAUAUAAACAUAAAUAUAAUGAAUAUUUAAAUUAUGGUAUAUUAUGUGAAUUAAAAAUAUUAUAUGAAUUAAAUAUAAUAGAUUUAUUAUUUUUAUUAGAUGUAGAAGAUAUAAUGAAACGAUAUCAUUUGAAAUAUGAAAUCAAUGAAAUUUAUUUAUCUCUUCAUAUUAAAGAAUUAAUACAAAAUUUAUAUGUAUUAAAUAAUAUUAAUCAAUUAAAUUAUCUAUUAUUCUUUAACCCUAUACAUAUAAGUAAAAUAAAUAUUAAUCUACUUAUAGAAAUACCUAUAGAAUCAGCACUCAAAGUAUUAUGUCCAAAUAUGUUUAUAUCAUCAUAUAGUAAAAGUAAUAUAUUGAAUCUUGAUAAAUAUGACAUCUGUUUAAUAGACACAAGUGAUAAGGAAAAUGUGUCUUCCAUAUAUGAGACGAGACAAAGGAAAAAAAAAACGUUUGACAAGAACAACAAAAAAAAACAGACAACCAAAGGGGAGACCAUAACAAACAAACAUAUAACAACAAAGAAAAAUAUUACAAGCAACGAUGUAAUUACAAAGGAAAAUAUUACAAGCAACGAUGUAACCAGAAAACAAAAUAUUACAAGCAACGAUGUAACCAGAAAACAAAACAUUAGAACCAUUCUGAUGAACACCAUAAAGCUGCCACACUUAAGCAGCAAAUCAGAAACGAUUCGAAUUAUCUACAUCAGUUGUCUUAGCUCAAAUAAAAUAUACUUGAGAAAUAUAAAUAUGUGUUACGACGUUGUGGUAUUUAUAAAAAUAUUAAGAGACUUAAGAUUUCCUAUUAUUUUCAAGGAUAAAAAAAUAGAUGAAUAUGUAAAUAAUAUAAUUAAUGUUCAAAAAAAAAGAUAUUUAGAAGAAAAAAAAAAAAUUAAAGAUGAAAAACGCUUACAGAAUGCAACAAAUAUUAAUAAUUCAUUUAAUAAAUAUUCCAUUGAAAAUUUAUUUUCUAUAAAAAGAAAAAGUUAUAUAGAAGAUCUUUCACAAAUGAAGUCUAAAAAAAUGUCUAAAAAAGAAAGAAAAAACAAAAGUAAAAAUAAUAUUUGUAAUAAUAUAUAUAGAAACAACAACAAAAAAAAGAAAAAAAAAAUGUUUCAAUAUACAAAAAAAGAUGAAAAAAAUAUAGAAGAAAUAAGUGAAGAUCAUGAUAAUACAGCAUGUAUUCAGCAUUCUUCAUUAUCUUAUUUCUUUUUAAAAAAAGAAAAAAACAUUAUUAUAAUUAAAGGGAAUAUAGAAAACAGUACUACAUUAUUUAAAAAAUUUGUUUUCAAAAAGAAAAUUAUAUUAAAUGUUUAUAAUUGUGGAACUGUUUGUCGUUUUAUAUUACCACUCUUAUGUUUAUAUAUAUGUAAACAAAAUAUAAAAGCUAAUGAAGAAAAUAAACAAAAAAUUAAAUCGAUUAUAUUAAAAGGAUGUAAGCAAAUGGAAAGUGUACGUAUCAUACAUCCUCUCAUUAAAGUUAUAAGAAAAUGUUUCAAAUAUAUAAAAAUAAAAUAUUUAAAAAAAAUAUAUUAUUUACCUAUACAUAUAUCAAUUAAAAAAAACAUAUUAAAUAUGAAACAUGAUGAUAUAUUCAUAACCAAAAAAAUUUAUGUAGAUAAUUAUUAUUCAAGUCAAUUUAUUUCAUCCUUACUUUUAAUAUCUCCUUUCUCAAAUAAUAACACAAAAAUAUGUUUAAAUUAUCAACGUGUAUAUAAAGAAAAUAUAAUCAACAAGGAUUAUAAAAAAAAAAAAAAAAAAAAUUACAUUAAUGGUAAUAAUAAUAUUAAAUAUAAAAUUAGGUAUAUACAUAAUAUAUCUGAUCAGAAAGAAAAAAAAAAAAUUACAUUCUUUAAAAAAUAUAUGAUAAAUAAUGAACGUGGUUUAAAUAAACUAAUUAGUCCUCAUGAUUUUCAACAGGGUAUCAUUAUGGCUAAGAAAAAUAUACAUACAAAUAAAAAUAAAAAUAAAAAUAAUAAUAUAAAUAAUAAUAUAAAUAAUAAUAUAAAUAAUAAUAAAAAAAAUAAGGUGAAUAACCAGACAUAUGUGCAACAUAAUCUCCCAUAUGAUUAUACAUUUUAUAAAAAAAUAAAGAAUCAAAAAAAUAAACAGUGUGGGCUAUUUAAUACCACAUCUAAAGCAUUCAUAGAUAUGACGUUGUGUGUUAUGAGGAUGUGGGGAGUACAUAUAAAGGUUAAUCAUAAAGGUAUAUAUUAUGUAAAAAAAAAAAACAUGUAUGAGUUAUAUAAAGAAAUAACAAAUAAUACUACUACUACAAAUGAUAAUAAUAUUAAUAUUAAUAAUAAUUGUAAGAGUGACAUAUAUAUAAAUACAUCUAAUCACAAUGAACAUCCUUUUAAAAAUAAGACAAACGAUGCACCCUCUUCAAUUAUUCUCAAAAAAGACAUCCAGAAACAAAAUAAAUCAAGGAGAAACAAAAUAGUUACAAAUUUACUUCAGAGGGAUAACAAAAAAGAAGGAUAUAAUAUGAUAAAGAAAGAUGAUGUUGAGACAAACGGUACUUCUAAACAUAUGAGAAAAAGGACAAAUGUUGUAGAGGAAACAAAAAAGAAUACAUUAUAUAAACAAAACAUAGAAUGUUUAACAAAGGAUACAACAAUAAACUUAAAAAAGAAUGGAAAACCAAAUAGAUACUAUUAUUAUCAUAUUAAUAACGAUUUUGGAUUAUAUUUUUAUUUCAUUAUAGGAUUUAUAAUUAAAAAAGAAAAUUGUAUGAUCACCUUAAAAUUAGAUAUUAAUAAUUUAAAUGUUAAAUAUAAAGGAAAUAAAAUUUACAAAAUAAAAAGUGUCAUGUAUCAACAGGAUAUAUAUAAUUAUUAUCUUCUUAAUAUUCUUUUAUUAGUUGGAGUAAAGAUAUAUAUAAAAAAACAUAAGAAAUUAAAUAAUUAUAGUAAAUAUAAUAUAAAUUAUUAUAAUUUAAUAGGUUCUAAAAAUAAAUCUAAUAAAUUAUAUAUGGUUCAUUUUAUAACAUCUAAGAUUUGUAUUAACAAAAAAGAGUUAUUAAGACCAUUUUAUAAAAUCCAAAAAAAAAGAGAAAAAAAAAAAAAAUAUAUAUAUAUUAUAAAUGAAAGUGGAAAAAAGAAUAUAAUAGAAUGUAGAAAUAAUAUGGUUUCAAAUAAUUUACAAGAAAAAAAUUUGGUUAGACCCACUUUAUUAUGUAACAUGUCAUGUAAUAAUAAUAUAUCACCUUUAUUUAUAUCAAUGAAUGAAUACAAUAAAAUGAAAAGUAAUAAUUAUAUAGAACAAAUUUUAAAUAAUUAUAAAAUAAAAUAUAAUAUUUAUGAAAAAAUUUAUAUAAAAUAUGAAAUGAAUGAGAAUCAUAUAUUAAGUUUCAAAAUUGUUAUAGAUGCAGAAUCUUUUUCAGAUGAUUUUAUUUCCAUAUGUAUUUUAUUUAGUUAUUUCUUAAUAUAUAAUUUAAAUCAUAAUAUAAUAUUUAAAAUCAAAAACAUACAUAAUCAAAAUAUUAAAGAAUCAACUAGAAUAUAUCAUGUAGUCUAUAUAUUAAAAUUAUUUUUUCAUAACUUAUUAUUUAUUUCUUGUACUGAUAAUAGUAUAUAUAUAACUAAAAUUUUACAUCAUAUACAAAAUAUACAUUUUUAUAGAUAUAAAAAAAAAAAAAAAACAAACAAUAUAAUAAAUACAGACAAAAAUAUAAUUACAAAUAAUAAUAAUAAUAAUAAUAUAUAUACAAAUUCUAUUCAUAAAAAAUAUGAAAAAAUCAAUACCUUCUGUAAUGAUUCAAAAUAUAUUGUAAAUAAUAUGCAAUCUUUAUAUCUAUAUGUAGAUACACAAAAUGAUCAUCGAAUUAUUUUUAUGGUAACCAUCUUGUCUCUUAUUUUUAAAAAUAUUAUAAUAAAUAAAUGUGACCAUAUACAAAAAAGUUUCCCUUUAUUCUAUCACUAUGCAAAAAAAUAUCUACAAAUAUAUGUGAAAAAUGGAUCUAAUGAUUUUAUUAAUACUUAUAAUUUUCAGGAUGUUAACAAUAUUAAUUUGUUAUAUUGUAAAAAAAAAAAAUCUCCUCAGAAGGGGUCUACUCCAAAUGAGAAGAAUAAAAGUGGGAAAACAAAAGAGAGUGAUACAAAAAAGUUGAGUGACAUAUCAAAAGAGAGUGAUACAAAAAAGGAGAUGGAUACAAAAAAGUUGAGUGACAUAUCAAAAGAGAGUGAUAUAAUAAAACAAAAUGGUAAUGUUGAACAUAUGAACAUAAUAAUAGAAGAUGACAAAAUAAAAAUUGCUAAAUAUACAGAAUCUAUUAAAUAUAAUAAUAAUACAUGUGAUUCUGAAUCCAUUUCAGUAUCUACAUCUGUUUUAUCUUUUGAAUCUGCUAAUGAAUCAUCUGAUAAUAGUAUGAAUAAAUUAAAUAAAGAAAAUAUGGCAACAAACAAUGAAAUUAUAACAAAAAAUAAUAAUGAAAAUAAUGAAAAAAAUAAUAAUAAUAGUAGUAGUAGUAGUAGUAUUAUUGCCAAUGUUGAAGAAGAUAAAAAAAAUUAUAAACAAAAUUAUAAUAAGAAUUAUAAAAAGAAUUAUAAAAAAAAUGUAUUGCACAAAAUAUUUAUAUCAUGCUUCAACUUGUUCUCUUCUAAGAAGAAAAAAAAAAUAAAUAAAUACAACAAUGAGAAGAAAGAAAAAAAAUGUAAUACACGUCACAGAGGAAAACCACAAAUGAAGAACAAAUUUGUUUUCAUAAAAUCUACACCUUAUGUUUUAAGACAUUCUAAUUAUAAUAGAAAUUUGAAAGAUUUAUACUGCAUAAAAGAAAUAGAAGAAAUAAAAGAAAUAAAAGAAAUAAAAGGAAUAAAAGAAAUAAAAGAAAUAAAAGAAACUUUUCAUAGUACAUAUGAAAGUCAUAAUAUAAAGGAAAAAAGUGAUAUACACAAUGGAAACAAAAACGAUCAUAAUAAUAUAGAUAAUAUACCAAAUGAUCAUAAAAAAGAAAUAUAUACUUCUAAACAAUAUAAAGAUGAAAAAAUAUGUAUGAAAUUACAAAAAUAUUUAUAUUUUAAAAGAAAAAGAUAUAUUAUAUCUACAAUAUAUUUGCAUUAUAAAAGAAAAGGAAAAGACACAAGUAAGAAGAACAUACAAAAAGAAGAAGAAAAUAAAAAAAAACAAUUAUCAUAUAAUAUAUAUUCGAAAGGUAAUAGUAUAAUAGAUAAUCAUAUAAAAUAUAAUAAUAUUAUAGAUAUAUAUAAAAGGAAUAAUUUUAUUUAUAAAGAUGAUAAUUAUAGAAGGACAUAUACAUAUGAUGAAAUCUUGGAAAAUGAUAUAAAUAUAUCUUAUUUAAUAAAACAAAUAAAUAUUUUGAAUGUUACAAUAAUAUGUGGUAUGAGAAAUGUGGGGAAAACAUUCCUCAGUAAAAAAAUAAAAAAUAGCAUAGUUAUUGAUAUAGAUGAAUAUAUAUUAAAAGAAGAAAUUAAGUUUGAUAAAUUAUCUAUAUCAGAUUUUAGAUAUUAUGAAUAUAUAACAUUUAUUUCUUCUUUAUAUCUAGCUUUUUAUAUAUUAACAUUUGAUCAGAAUGUGUCAAUGCCUAAGCAUAAAAAGGUAGAUACAAUAAAGCAUGUGGAUAUAAAGAAUGAAAAAAUAAAAUGGACAAAUCAUAACAAACAAGUAGGUCCUCAUAAUCAUAUUAACAACAAAAAAAAAAACAACAACAAUAAUAAUAAUAAUAAUAAUAAUAAUUAUUAUUAUUGUGAUAACCAUAAUUGUUUAAUUGAGAAUAAAGAUAAAGAACCUACUAGCAACAAAAAAAAAAUUGUCAAAAAAGUUUCCUUUUCAGAUGUAUGCGAAAUAUAUGUAGAUGAUCCCAAUUUUGAAAAUAAAUAUUAUGAUGAAAAUAUAUUUUAUACAUAUACAUACAAAGGCAUAACAUUUUAUAACAAAAAAAUAAAUGAUCUGUUUUGUAGAUUAAAAAAAAAAUGUAUAGAAGAAAAAAAAAAUGGAGAACAACGUAUGAACAAUAUUACAAUUGUAUUAGGAGGUGGAAUUAUUGAAUUUGAUAAAUCCAAAGAAGUAUUAAAAAAAUUAAAAAAUGUUAUUUUAAUUAAAAGAAAUAAAGAUGAAAUAUAUGAUAUAUGUAUAAAUGAUAAUAUAAAACCUAAAUUAAAUGGUAAUAUAAAAGAUAUUAUAAAUAGAAGAACUAUAUUAUAUAAUAAAUUAUCGAAUGCUUUUCAUUUUAUUAUUCCUUCAGAAGAUAUGAUAAAUAAAUAUAUAAGACAUGAUGAAUAUAAUAAAUAUGUAAAUAGAAAUGAAUUAAUAGUACAUAGCUUUUUAAGCUUUUUUAAUUAUCCUUUUUUUAAAAAAGUAUUAAUAAGUGAUAUAAUAGUAAAUCAUCGACCUGGUAGUAAUAAUACUAAUAAGAAGAAGAAAGAGGAGGAUUAUAAUAAUCAUUAUAUUAAUAAUUAUAUGAAUGAUUAUAUGAAUGAUUAUAAUAAUAAUUAUAUUAAUAAUUAUAAUAAUCAUUAUAUUAAUAAUUAUAAUAAUCAUUAUAUUAAUAAUUAUAUUAAUAAUUAUAAUUGUAACAAUCAUAUCAUUUUUAAUAAUCAUUAUCGUGUCCUAUAUAUCAAUCUAAAUAACCUCAGAUAUUUUCCAUAUAUGAAUUUAUUAAACGAUAAUUAUGAUAUUAUACAUAUAAAAAUAUAUAAAUAUGAACAAAUAAAAUUAUUGCAGCUAGCUAUUUUUCUUAUAAGAUCUUGUACAUGCAAAGAAUAUAAAAUUAUUGUAAAAUUAUAUCCUCAAUAUUUCUUUUCAUAUAAAGAAUAUAUUAUAAAAAAAAAGAAACAUAAAAAGAAAAGUAAUAAGAACUAUGGAUGUGAUAAUUAUAUAUGUGAAAAUAUACUACAUAUAUUUUAUAAAUAUAAAAUAAAUAUAUUUGAAUUAGAUAAUAAUUUUUUAAAAGUAGCCAAAAAAAUAUUAUCAUAUAAAAAGGAAAAUAUAUUUUUCAUUAUCUCCAAAAAACAAAAAAAAGUAAAUGAAUUAAAUAUACAAAAUCAUUUAAAUAAAUUAAAUAUAUUCCAAGCUGAUAUUAUUAAAUUAUCACAUCAUUAUAAAAUAUCUUCAACAAAAUAUAAUCUCUUAGAAAAUAUUUUAUUUAAAUUUUAUGUUCAUAAAAUGAAGCAACCCAUAAAUAGAUUAACAUUUGAAAAACUUAUCCACAAUAAUGAUAAGAAUAAGCAAACUCAUAUUUUAUAUUAUAAUGUUAUUGACAAAUAUUUAUUUUACUUUCUAUAUAAUAACAUAACACAUCUGUCUUACAAUAAACAUUUCUUAUCUACAAUCAAAAAAAAAAAUAAAACACACGCACAUUUGCUUAAUAUUAAACAGAAUCAUGAAAAUGAAACGAAAAAUAUUCAAAAUGAAUAUUCUUACACACACUCUUUUUAUUAUAACAAUGUAAAGCCUAUCAUGUUCUUUACGACCAUACAAAAUGUCGAACAAAAAAAAUGA